CAGCCCACAUUUGGCCGUAAUAAUCGCCCUCACCAAGACUGUGGUAUCAUGCUAUGCAACUACUACAACUUGCUAUAAAAUAUUUAUGUGUUGCAGUUUCGAUAUUCAAAAGGGUUUUUCUCCAAUGUUAAUGAUUAAGUUGCUGCAGAUGAUGGAGCGACAGAGCAGCAGCCUAGUGGUGCGGUUGCUGGGGAGUUCGGCGAGCUACAUGAGGAGGUUCCUGUUCCGCGUGCUGUCGGUGGGACCGGUGCCACACCACGUGGCGUUCAUCCUAGACGGGAACCGGAGGUUUGCCCGGAAGUGGAAGAUGGAAGACGUAAUGGGGUACAGGGCGGGGUUCCUGUCCCUGAUGACGCUGAUCAAGUGCUGCUAUGAGCUCGGGGUGAAGUACAUCACCAUCUACGUGUUCAGCAUCGAGAACUUCAAGAGGAAGCCCGACGAGGUGCGGUCUGUGAUGGACCUGAUGCUGGAGAAGAUCGAAGGGCUGCUCAAGGAAGAGAGCAUUCUGGAGCAGUAUGGAGUGAGGUUGGAGUUUGUGGGGAAUCUGAAGCUCUUGAAUGAGUCAGUCAGGAUUUCAGCAGAGAAGGCCAUGAAGGCGACGGCUUGUAAUGACCGGGUCAUUCUGGUGGUGGCCGUCGCCUAUACUUCAACGGAUGAGAUGGUGCACGCUGCUGAGCAGUGCUGCCAAGACAAGAGUGUUGAUGGAAAGCUUGUGGAGGUAGCAGAUGUGGAGAGGCACAUGUACAUGGCAGGCGUGCCUGAUCCGGACAUUCUUGUGCGCACCUCAGGAGAGACGCGCCUCAGCAACUUCCUGCUCUGGCAGACUUCCAACUCGCUGCUGUAUUCGCCUAAGGCGCUGUGGCCGGAUGUUGGGCUGCACCACCUCAUCUGGGCGGUCUUGAACUUCCAGAGAGUCCAACCUUACCUCCGCACUAGGAGGAACUACCUACCUUUGUCUACUCAGUAAUAAGGAUUUUCAUUUGCAUUAAUAAUUAUAUCAACAUCAAAUGAAAUAAGAUUACAAAAGAGGAACUGGAA